GCGCCGUCCGGCGUGUGUUGUUUACGGUGAGGUUGGAAUACUAGACCGCGGUCCUGCUAAACCCUUCUUAAUAAACCCCCAUCCCAGAGAUCAGAAAAAGAAGGACAGACAAGGAGAGAAAGAGAGAGCAAGGGGAUGUUGACUUAUCCCUCUGACCCACUCCCUCAGAUAGUUUGUCCAAUGGAUGAAGAUGCUAUUCCCCCAAACCAUUUCUGUAGUGCACCUCCCCACAGUGAACCUCCACCACCUCUCCUACCCCUUUCCUCCAUCACUCCCAGCUGUGCGAAUGAUGGAACAUCUGGACACAGAAGGAGUGGUCGAAUUCAAGAGAUCAGAGCACAAACUCCUAAAAAGCAGAGCAGCACAGACAGCAGAGAAGCUCAGAAACCAUCCAGACAGAAUCCGUCCCGCUCAAAGCGACAAAGGGAGAGUAGGAGCAUGGUGCAAGUGUCAAAGUCCAAGCAGCCAAGAGUUGAAAGCACACAUGGACAUGAGACACAAAACAAGGAUGGAUUUGAUUUUAGUUUUGCAGCAGAGCACCAAAAUAAGCAGAAGGACCAGAAAAGCCCACAGAAAAAAACAAGUGUCUCUGCUGCAGAAAAUGUAGUUGAUCAGUUUUCUGACAAUACCACACAGAAUCUUGACACCACUAAACCUGACAUGGAUACAUACGGGGGAUUGGCUGUUGGACACACUAUUGAAAAUGAAUCUUCCCCAAAGGGAUGGGUGAUCGGCCCCCUGUUCCAGUCCUUCAAGUCGAAGAUGGCCAGUUUCACAGAGAUAGUCAUGUGUCCUGUUAAACUCUUCAGAGCUAAUAGUCCUUCACCGUCCAUGCACCAUCCAGACAAACUCAGUGAAUUUGAGCUCCAGGCCGAUGGAAUAUCUGAUGGUGUGCACUCAGAGCCAAACGAUAUGUUUCAUCCUGAAGCACAAAGUGAGAGUGAGAAUCAGGACUUCAGGACGCUCGGUGAAGUAGACGGUGCACAAAACGCAAAAACUGUUGCUGUUAAAUAUUGUAAAAAAUUAUCAUUUGAUGUGGAGUUGCCAACACGCGGCUCUCAGCAGGCAGAUGAAUGUGCAAUAACUCAGAAGGAAAAAAACCUACCUGAUUCUGUGCCUUUACAACACAGUCCCUCACCCUGCUUUGUUUCUGAGGAAGUUUCAGAAUCUGUUGUUAGGUCCUCUAUACUGUUACAGCCCUCUGUCAAUGUAAGUGCCUCACAUGAAUCCCAGUUAAAGAUAUCCAGUGCUAAGGAGGAGCAGAAUGGCAAACUGGCUGCUCGACUGAGACCACUGCCCAGGAAAUGUACAGGAAAUAGAAGGAAGGUUACCUCUAAGACUUUAACAGCUGAAGUCAAAAAGCAGGAGUCUGACCCAGAGGUUAUUGAUGGGCAGCUUUCUUGCUUGAAUUCAGUCACAUCAAACAAAGCUGACUCAAGUGAUAUUGACAAAGCGCUGUCGUUAUCUUCCUCAGUCUAUCAUGCUCAGCCUAACACUGACUGUUCUCAACCUGAUGAUGAGGAUGAUGGCAGGAAAACGGAGAGUUGCCACUUGGUGCGCCAAAGCCUCCGGAAUAACGUGAAUGCUACUGGACGGCCACUGAAACCUACAAUUGGCACUCAGCAGCUGGAGUGUCAACUAAACCCUGAAACUUACUCAGCUGCUGAUCUUGGGAGAGCAAAGAGGGAGCUGAAACUGGAUUGUCAUUCCCAAGACUUUGUGAAGAGGAAAAGAUUGACGGCGGAUAUACGUAAAAAGGAUACAAAAAAACAAGAGCUGGUAAAUGUGGCUUCAGAGAGUGACGCAUUGAGAGGGCUAAGACCACCAAGAAAGGAAGUUGUGCUGACUAAUUCCCUUGCAGAGGGAAAAGAAAUGCUAAAGCCUGCUAGAAAAAGACAGGCUGUUUCAACAAAAGCCAACAAGAAAGGAAAAGGAGGGCAAGAAAUGCUCUCCAUGAUUAAUGAAACAGUGUUAAACACACAGACGGAAACCUCGAGUGAUGCGAUGUUGGUUUGCUCGCUGGGUGAAAACAGUGGUGUAUCAGAGGAGAAUGAAAAGGGCAGCAGCAAGGUGAAGGCCAGUGGUUCAUGCAAAAGACCGAGGACAAGAACGGGUCCAGGUAAACCUGAUGUAGACACUGAUGACUGCAUGGAUCAGGAAACAACUGUAACAGUCACCUCUACAAAACAAGCCGAACAGGAACCGUUAUCAGAAGUCCUCGUCCGUCCAAAUAUAAAGCAGCUCCAGAGCACUAGAAGGUGCAGGAAUAUAAACAAGAAACCACUAAAACGGAAAUUACCAAACCAAGUGAGUUCAGCUACAGACUCAGACAGCACUGUGGUUUCUACCUCAUCAGCAUUACCAGUGGAGUCAUUGGAAGUCACACCCACCGAUUUUAAUACCUCUCAGCAUGCUCAAAACCAAGAGAGCAGGGAAACGGGGCUGACGCAGCAGUCCAAGAGACCCAGAAAGGGUUUUCAAGGUGCUGUUAAAUUGUCUUCAUCAGGAGGGAGUCAGGAGACAAAGCAAUGUAUCCCUAACCUUCAUUUGAUAACCAAAGAAAACGAGUCUCAAGAAGGCAAAGGGAAAAUCCCAAUAGACCCUGUAUAUUUUGAAAUGACACCUGUUGAAAGUACUGACCAACCUGGUCCUUCUCCCUCCCAACCUCAGUCAGACUGUUAUGUACAAUUCAAUAAUGACAUGAAGCACUUUGUGGAAGGUAAGGAAAAGAGUACUUCUUCUGUGAGAGAUGAGGAAGAUGAAGCCAGUAACCACAGCAGCAUUGAUACCUCUCGGCGAAGUUCAAGGGCGAGAUGGGUUAACAAUAAGCCAAGGAGAAAAGGCAGGGUUUUGAAUAGUAGGACACGUAAACAUGAAGAGACAAACUCCAUCACUAUGGAUGAUGCAGACCUGGUGACAGCAGAUAGAUCCUCAUCAGAAAAUGGCUUAUCAAGGUGCUUGUUACGCAGCUAUUCUUGCCCAGAGAUCCCCUCCCUCCGUCCCCUUGACAUGCCCUGGACUUCUUCUCUGCAUUCACUGCAUCAGAGCAGGACUCACACACCACACCAGCAUCAGUCUUCCCACACUUCUUUUGUCCAUCAUGCCCACAAAUCCCUACGGCGGGCUCGUCGACACACAGUCUGCAGCGUGGAAGUGGAGAGGGAGAUCGCCCCUCUGUGCCUUCGUAAGGAGGUGUAUCCAUCCAGAAGAUCUCUUCCAUAUGACAGCGUGACCCAAAACCUGUCUCCCAGUGUUGCACUUUCUCCCAGCACUUCCCUCUCAGCUCUUGCCUCCGGUUUCCUUUCAAGUCCUCUGGCUUUCCUUUCUAAGAAAGUUGACAGCAGAGGAGCUGCUGCCAGCCCCAGCACUUCCAGUCACGUUUCCUCUCCCACCUCCUCCUCUUCUAUAUAUAUGUCGAGCCCCUCCACGUGGCGCCUUUCAGGAUUCCUCCAAAGAACUGACUCCUCUAGUGCUAUCUUGGACUGUAGUAGCAGUGGGAUCCCCUUGGAGUGUGCGAUUGAGAGACGACAACAGAGUGAAGAGGAGGAUGAUGGCGAGGACACAAGCUCAUCCAAUCAGGACUUUGAAGAUGUGGCGCUGAGAGAAGAAAAGGCUUUGUCUGAUUCAGAAAUCAAGGUGGUGCAAAAGCAUGAGGAACGAGGGAAGGUGUCGUCUAUUAGAAUUCGUAAGACUCUACCCAAACCUCAGAACAACCUGACACCCAUGGGCCUGCCCAAACCCAUCAGGCUGAAAAAGAAGGAGUUCAGUUUAGAAGAAAUUUACACCAACAAGAAUUUCAGCAAACCCCCUGAAAGCCGGCUAGAGACCAUAUUCGAGGUUCCUCUCAAUCGCCGGAAUGGUUCUGAGUCCUGGUUUAGCCAGAGGCGUCUCAAACGUUUUUUGGAGUUCCUGGAUGUUGGCGAGGCCAGAAAACCAAAGAAGCCACUGGUUGGUGUCGGAAAGACAGGUCUUUCAUCUUCCAGGACAAGACGAGGGGGGUUCCCGAAAGUCGAGGCGUCCCUCAGCGUGCAGGAUGUGGACUCGCUUCUCUGCGCCAAGCUCGAGCAGCUGAAUUUGUGGUUGAUGCAUGAUCAGAAAGACAGCUGACAGGUGCCUCUUAAAUGUUGAUUGUUUGGCAGUCAUUUAAAAAAAAAAAACAAUGCAUGAUAUAAUGCUGUUAAUG